AUGAAUCCCGCCGCGUGGCUUUGGAGAUGCUUCAUGGCGCGAACAUCGCCGCCCAUCGUUAAUACCGACACUGUAUAUCCGCUGCACCGCCAGGACGAUCAAGCAUAUUAUCGUCAGAUGAAAUUCGUAUGGUUAUUACGGUUCGAAGACGUUCUCGACGUCGAUAAGUUACGCCAAGCCUUGGCCAAGCUGUUGGAACGGGACGGGUGGAGGAAGAUUGGAGGUCGUCUCCGGAUCAACUCACAAGGAAAGAUGGAAGUUCAUGUACCGGAGAAAUUCACCGAUGAACGGCCCGCCUUCAGGUGGACACAUCAGACGUUUGACAUGCCGCUGAACGAGCACCCUGCCGGCGCCCGGCUUCCUAAAUCCGGCAACCGCCCGUACGUGCAGCUUGUGGACAACGAGUUCCAGGAAUCGAAACCACAUCGAACCAGGCCCUCACACCCGAGGCUCUCAGCCAUCUGGAAGAGCCCCAGUGCUCGUUCCUUGUCACGUCGUUCACAGACCAGACCAUACGUGAUGGGGUUAAGUUCUCUCAUGGAGGCCUGGUCACUCAUGGUUGCCGGACGAGAGGACGAGAUCCUUCCCUUCGGCGGUGCCGAAGAAGAUUUCAUGGACAAGCUGGGCGACGAGAAUCAGGAGGAAACAGAGCCCUUUGAGCUCCAAGACAGGCUGCUCCAGGGCUUGUCGCUGGUGAGGUUCGUACUGGGCGUGGUUUGGGACAUUGUUCGCCGCCCUUUGACCCAAAACAAGCUCGUCUUCCUGCCGGCCUCGUUCGUUUCCGAUCUACUACAACAAGCCAGAGACGAUUUGAAGGCGUCAAGCGAAGGCAAGGAGCUCCCAUUUGUCAGCGAAGGUGAUGUUCUCACAGCCUGGACCCUGAGCGUGCUUCCCGAGGUCUACGGCAACCGCCCGUAUACAGUCCUGAACGCAGCCGACCUGCGAGGUCGCGUGCCGGGCCUCUUCAAGCCGGGCCACGCCUACGUACAAAACACCUUGAUGCUAACUUAUACGAUGUUUUCGGCCGAAGACGCAAAGAGCCUGGACCUAGGUCGCCGAGCGCUCAGAGUACGCCAGUCGAUUGUGCAGCAGACGACCCCAGCCCAAUGUGCUGCUUUUGCCCGUCUCAGCAGGAAACACGGCAUACCCCUAUUCGGAGAGGCAAGCGGGACUAUGGGGACGAUCACCAACUGGGGGAAAGCCAGGUUCUUCGACGUGAUCGAUUUUGCGCCCGCUGUGGUCAAGGCUGGUGUGUCGGGAGGCAGGAGGCAAGCGGAGCCCGGCAAAAUCGCGUAUCAACAUACGCACAUGUUGAAGAGUGCUUUCGAAGUGCGAAACUGCUUCAUCGUGAUGGGAAAAGACCGCCAGGGAAGUUAUUGGUUGGGCGGGCUAUUCCAUCCUGACUUUUGGGCAGUAUUAGAGAAGGACCUGCAGAAGUUUGCACCGUCCUGA